UUAGGUUUAAUUUGAAAUCAAUACAUGCGUAAAUUUUGCGCUAAUAAUAUCAAACUUAUUUAGAGAGCUAACUUUAUUCUCUUAAUUUGUUGAUAGGUUGGAACAAAGCAGAAACAUGAGACAUGACCCUGGUGAUAAACAACCCUUUUACAUUUAUACACUUACCAGUUUUUGAUCGAUCCUGGGAUUGCAUGCAGAGAAUUGAAGACUCAUCCCCGUACCAGACAAUUCGCACAGAAAACGUGAGAGUUGAAGUUAGAGAUAGCCAAGUAUUGGCCCAAGUAGGUAAAGAAUUUUAUUGCAUUGGAGAUGAAGGUGAUCCAAACGAUCUUCUGAACCAAUCACCUGUAAAAACAACGAGAACCUUUACAUUUGAAGGUAUAAAUCCACCAGAAGAAUUAAUCCCAAAAACUGUAAUCGAAGAGUUUAGUGCUGACCAACAAACAGAACAAACUCCUCGUACUUCCAGAUUACGAGGAACACAAGUGCCCUCAGUGACACGUACAAAUGGAAGUAAACGCUUGUGGGAGUUUUUACGUGAUCUCUUGAAUGAUCCAACAACAAAUCCUUCUUACAUAAAAUGGACCAAUCAAGAAAAAGGCGAAUUCAGAAUGGUAAAAACAAAAGAAAUAGCUCGAAUGUGGGGUGAAAUAAAAAAUAACGAACGAAUGAAUUACGAAAAUAUGAGUCGUGCAAUAAGAUAUUAUUAUAAACGGAAAAUAAUGGAACCUGUAUUAAACAGGCGACUUGUGUACAGAUUCGGACCAAAGUCGCAUGGAUGGAGACUCCCAAAUUAGAGCUGACUGUUUGGUGUUGUUGUUCUCUAUAUUUUACAGCUGUUACAAAGCGGGUAUGAACAAUCUAUGUCCCAUUAUUAUAACAACAUAAAGAAUUAUUGGAAAGGGAAAAAAAUGUGCAACGCUGAAAUUUUAUUCAAUUAUCCAAACCAAGAGGAAUGAAGAUGAGUUUCUGGAAAGAUCCUUUACAAUCCAAAUACAUUGAAAUCUUGUUUUUAUUCUCUUGAAUGGAAUAACAACACAUGUGAACUUUGAAUUUCAUGGAUUAAAUCGAAUGUAGACCUAAAAUAAUGGAACCCGGCGAUUGCUUGAUUUCUUUUUAGAAUACUGUAUUUAUAUAUUACUUAGUUUGUUGUAUUUAGUUUGCUUCUUAAACGAAUGGGAAACCAUUAUACUAACUAUCAGCAAAACUUUCAAAAUUAUGUUCAUUUGGAUGACAGAUGUAGGUAUCUAUUUUUCGACACAAUUGCAUUAACAUAUAUUUUAAUAAUAACGCACUGUCAAAUGGCAUAAACAUUUUGUAACAGUCAAUAUGAACGUCUUUUGCAUUAUGUCGGAUCGUAUGUUUUGCGUCCAAAUCCCAAAGGACGUCACAUAUAAUUGAAAGUAUUUUAAUGUGAUGGAAUAUCGAGUCAGAAAAAGUAAAUACUGUAUUUGAUAAAUAAGCAUAUUUAAAAAGCAAACGAACAAACAAAUCAUCCGUUGUGUUUAAUGAAUAUCGUUUUCAACAUGGUCAGAUAAUUUCCUUUGUAACUAAAUCAAAUUUUGGAAUCCGUCUUUUUUUGUCUAUAUGUGUGAAGGUCAACACAUACUGAUCAACAGUAUUAAAGGCAGUUUUGACCAAAAUAAUGCUAUAUUUAUUUAGUUGGGAUAUAGAAUAAAAAGACUUUUACUGCCAUAGAUCAUAAGAUACCACUUUAAGUGUUCUGGGCAUUUUGCAUUUUUAUGUUCAUUUUAAUCAUUUUUGAUUGUUAAAAUCGUUGUACUUUAUCUGUCUCUCCAAUUUAUUUGUGAAAAAGAGUUUAUAUUUUUAUACUGCUAUAUAUGUAUUAUUGUUAAUGAUGUUAAAUAAAACUAAUAACAUUGCAAGUUGACAACGAAUCUCAUUCUCCAUUCAUUAUUAUCCAUGAUAAUCAUAAAAGGUCUCAAAUGAAAACAGUAUUAUACCAUUACCCAUGUAACAUGUAUAAGUUAUACUAUCAUUAAUAAGUUAUACUUUUGAUAAUAGAAUCACUUACAUCAAAUCACGUAUUUGAUUUGUUUGAGUUUAUUGACACUGCAGUUUUAUGUAACUAUAACGCAUAGUAGGCUAAAGUAUUGCCAUCUGUCAUUUGUUUUGCCUCAUGAUUAUAAUUCCUAUUAGCGCCAUGCGUCGCAUAUAGUGCGGUCGGAAGGCAAGCAUAUUCAAUUUCUUCUUAUUAAUUUAAUUUUAACCAUGCUUGAUGAAAGUUAAUCAUGAACGUCACUUUAUCUGCAAACCAUAAAGCCCGUCUUCUUUGCAGCGUUAAAAAGUCACCUUGAAGUACUACAUAUGUCCAUCUUUAUUCUCUUUUAAUAAAAAUAGGUUCUAGUGGCAUUUACAUUAUUUUGUGCUGUUAAAGUUAAUAUCAAACCAUAGAAUAUUAUCAUUAAAUUCCGAUCUUUAAUAUUCACAACACUUCCUGCAAACACGAAAAUUGAUAAAUUCAAAGUACAAAAAUCAGAUUUUACUAUUUGACUAUUUAGGAAAGUCCUUUCUUGAAAGUCGAAACCUAUUUCAAAAUUAAGAUAUGAGAAACAUAAUAGAAAUAGACUGAUAUCAUACAAUUGUUAUGCAAUUCAAAACUAGAACAGAGAUCAAGAUGUGAAAGAGAAUAUGUUUAUUAUGGGUACACAUUUUUUAAUCAAGAACAACUUAUAAAAGGUGAAGGAUGAAUAUAUAUUAUAUUUUGGGUACAAACUAUUUAAUCGUUGAUCUAUGUAUGUCAUGUUUUGUCAGUCUAUGUUCGACUUAUACAAGAUGGUUUUUGGUUUAAGUAUACUCUGCAUCGUUUUCAAUUGUCACAAUAGGCUACUACUAAAAAGCUAAAUAAUAAUUGACGUUUCAAUAAUGAGUGUUCUGAAAUUGCAGUCGACAUGUUACCAUUCAAGCGUAAUUACAAAUCGAUAAUUAGGUAUAACAUGAUUAUUCUAUAGUUGUGACUAGUGAGUAAAAUCAAAUGAAAUGCAUGAAAUUGCUUAUUUUUUUUAGUUAAUCAUUUUAUCAUUAUAAUAUAAUAAAAUUACCUCUGAUAUCGUCAUUUUAAUGACUUGACAACUAGAAGGGUCACACCUUAUGAAGAGUUAAGUAACCCCAAUCAUACGCGUACGGUUGGAAUAUACGUGUAUGGUCGGAUCAUAUGAGUAUAAACCCAUACGGUCAUAACCAUAAGCGUAUGGUCAAAAUACUCAUAUGGUCAUAAACACAUACACAUUUCUAUUAGUAUCUUUCCCCACAAUAAUUUCUACAACAGAAAUUAUAAUGAAGCAUAGAUUUGAUCAUUAUUGUUAUUUGUAUAAAGUUUGACUUCUAUCUUUGUUUAUGUUAAAUUAUUUAAUGCUGAUUAUAAAAAUAUACUGAGAUCUUUAUAAUUGUUAACUUAUUGAA